AAAAGUGUCUAUAGCACAGCAAAGGGAGGGACUGAGGUGGCUGGGAGAAGGGCAGUCAAAGGGGGUGGGAGUUGGAUGGCCAUCAGGAAGGAGGCCUAUCUGAGGAGGUAAGGCCAGAAGGAUGAGCAAGAGCCAGCCAUGGAAAGAGAGAGCGACCAGAAGGUACAAAGGCAAUAAUAUUGCUGCCUAGGAGUUGAUCUGACCAUGCACUGGCUGUGGAAACUCCAGCGGGUUUGCAUCCGAUGGGGGACCCAGAUGUCUAGUCGCACUGUCCACCUUCCUACCAAGCAACUGACAUCCCUGCAGUGGGGUCACCAGGAGGCCCCUGAGAAGUUUAACUUUGCUAGUGAUGUGAUAGAUCACUGGGCUUGUAUGGAAAAGGCUGGCAAGCGACCUCCAGGCCCAGCCCUCUGGUGGGUGAACGGUGAUGGGGAUGAAAUAGUGUGGAACUUCAGCCAACUGAGGGAACUCAGCCAGCAGGCAGCCAAUGUCCUUUCGGGGGCAUGCAGCCUGCAACCUGGGGACCGUGUGGCGGUGGUGCUGUCCCGCGUGCCUGAGUGGUGGUUGGUGACCCUGGGCUGCAUGCGAGCAGGCCUUGUCUUCAUGCCGGGAACUAUCCAAAUGAAAGCAAAGGACAUCCUCUACAGGCUGCAGGAGUCUAAAGCCAGCGCCAUCGUGGCUGGGGAUGAAGUGUCCCAGAUAGUGGACACCGUGGCCUCUGAGUGCCCUGCUCUGAAAAUGAAGCUACUGGUAUCUGAGAAAAGCCGGGAUGGGUGGCUUGACUUUAAGACUCUACUACGAGAAGCAUCUACCAAUCAUUGCUGUGUGGAGACUGGAAGCCAAGAAGCAGCUGCCAUCUACUUCACCAGUGGGACUAGUGGUCUUCCGAAGAUGGCGGAGCACUCCCACGCCAGCCUGGGCAUCAAGGCCAAGAUGGAUGCUGGCAUAUGGAUGGGCCUGCAAGCCUCUGACAUAAUAUGGACCAUAUCAGACACAGGUUGGAUACUGAACAUCUUGACUUCAUUUCUGCAACCUUGGAUAGCAGGAGCGUGCACAUUUAUCCAUCUUUUGCCAAAGUUUGACCCAGCAGUCAUUCUAAAGGUGCUGUCCAGCUACCCCAUCAACAACAUGGUAGGAGCACCCAUCGUUUACCGGAUGUUGAUACAACAGGAUCUUUCUAGUUACAAGUUCCCACAUCUACAGAACUGCUUCAGUAGUGGAGAAUCCCUCCUUAUAGACACUUUGGAGAACUGGAGGGCCCAGACGGGACUGGACAUCCGCGAAUUCUAUGGCCAGACAGAAACGGGACUCACUUGCAGAGUUUCCAAGACCAUGGAACUCAAACCUGGUUACCUGGGAACUGCUAUUCCCCAUUAUGAUGUGCAGGUCUUGGACGACAAGGGCAAGAUCUUGCCUCCUGGUACACAGGGAGACUUGGGCAUCAGGGUAAAGCCCAUCAGACCUAUAGGCAUCUUCUCUGGCUAUGUGGACAAUCAUGAGAAGACAGCAGCCAACAUUCGAGGCGAUUUUUGGAUCCUUGGAGAUCGGGCAAUCAAGGAUGAAGAUGGCUAUUUCCAGUACCUGGGGCGGGGAGAUGAAAUCAUUAACUCUAGCGGGUACCGGAUUGGGCCCUCAGAGGUUGAGAACGCACUGAUGGAGCAUCCGGCUGUGGUUGAGACGGCUGUAGUCAGCAGCCCUGACCCUGUCCGAGGAGAGGUGACGGUGGUAAAGGCAUUUGUGGUCCUGGCCCCACAGUUUCUGUCCCAUGACUCUAACCAGCUCACCAAGGAGCUGCAGCAGCACGUGAAGUCAGUAACAGCCCCAUACAAGUACCCAAGGAAGGUGGAGUUUGUCUCAGACCUGCCCAAGACUGUCACAGGGAAAAUCCAGCGGAAGAUUCUUCGAGACAAGGAGUGGAAGACAUCUAGGCAAGCUGGGCCCCAGUGAGACCUGUAUGGGCAUCACUUUGGGUGCUAUACUUCUACUUACUUUCAUUUCCCUUUGGGCCUUCUGCCUUCCUCUGCGGAUAUGAGAUUCCUCCUGACAAUACAACAGAUUUCUCUCUUU